GGAUUAUAUACACCCUCAAAACAUUCCAAUUUUUCACGUCCAUCUGCCAUUCGCCGAAAUGAAGGAUUCCAAAGUACCAUCAUCAGGUUUUAAACAAUACGCCUGGGAUUCAAUCCUCUUGGCACCAAUGGAUGCUGGUUGCUUAGCUUUUAUCGUUCAAACCAAGGACGUACGUUUCAUGAUGAAGACGAUGGCCAGGUUGGCACAUUCCCCACAGUCGACGUAUCGGGCCAAUAGGAGGUAUUUGUACCUCCCCUCAAAACGGAUUCCAGAUGACGCCUUCGAAACCAUCAUAAAGGAAAUGUUCGCGACAAGGGAAAUGGAUUUCAUGCCAGACUUAGUUAUAGCCAAAUUAACCGAACUUAAUGUAACAUCAGAAUCCAACUGUAGUACGCUACUGCGUGCAGGUAACUUGGGCACCGUAAGGAACAUGAAGUUUGAACUGAUUACCCACCGCUUUAAUGGUCAAAAUCCAUCGGAACGGAUAUCGUUAGAUGUAUGGGACCCCAAACAUGGUUUCCAGCUUCGCGCUGACCUAUAUCCUGAUAAGGUAACUAAUCUCAUGGGCAAAACGCUUAGCCUUACUGCUAUCUUCUAUCCACCACUAUCCGUGGUAUUCGAGGAUUCGGAUCCUCCCAUUUACGAUGGACUUGAGUUCCGUGUUAUGUACUCGUGGGCCCAGCAGAAUAACUUCACAUGGCGGGUCGUGUAUAAGCCGGACGAAUGGUGGGGUGCCAUUUGGGAAAAUGGCAGUGGAGUCGGUCUAUCUGGGCACGUGUCUAUGGACAAGGCAGACGUCGGAUUUGGAGCCAUUUACCUUUGGGAAAACGAACAUCGUUUCACGGAUUACAGUUCAGUUUAUUUCAGAACAUCUCUUACAACAGUACUGCCAAAGCCGAAACUUCUACCAGGAUGGAUGGUUCCAAUUCACCCAUUCAGUACCUACCUAUGGUCUGCAGUAGGACUGUCUGUCAUAACGUCGACAUUGGUUCUGUACAUGACUUCUCAAGCCAGCUCAAGAAUAUUAGGUUCAGCACAAGGCAAAGUUGUGAUCAACAAGUACUCCACCUGGGUGGAGUGUGCUUUCCGCACCAUGGGCUUGCUGGUGCUGCAAGUACCACCGGACGAGCGGGACUUCAGCACUCCCCGGCAUGUGCCAAUGCGCCAUCUUGUCACUUGGCUCAUACUCUUCUACUUUGUGGUCACCACAGGAUAUUCAGCUGGUCUGGCAUCUGUGCUUACUCUACCCAGAUACGAGGAACCAAUUGAAACGCCAGUUGACAUGGCUGAUCGUAACAUAAAAUGGGGCGGUACAGAUGUGGCGUACGUGUUCUUUCUGCAACAGUCUCUGGAUCCAAAGAUGAGAAAACUGGCUAAUAAUUUCAUUGAAGGAAAUGAAGAAUAUUUAACGAGGGAAGCAGGGACUGGAAAGAUGGGUUUCGUAAUUGAGAGGAUGCAAAACGGUCACUUUUUCCUUCCACCCUUCAUCAAUGAAGACACGAUGCAGAACUUGCGGGUUAUGAAGGAGGACUAUGUGUACGGAAACUGUGUCUUCAUGCUGCGCAAAGGCUCUCCCUACAUGGGCAUCAUCAACUCGAUAGUUUAUAAGGUGAGAGAUACGGGACUGGUCUUAUAUUGGGAGGACCUCACUGUGCGAAGGUACAUGUCUACAAGACGUCAGCUCUCCGUCAUAAACAGCCGAAAAGAGGCGGAUCCUGGCCCUACACAACUUUUGCUUCGGCAUGUGACGGGUUCAUUCUAUUUGCUAGGAUAUGGACUGGCCGCGUCUCUAUUCGUCUUCAUAUUGGAGCUUAUCAGAUACAAAUAGUUUAUUUGAAAUCUAAGUUCACAAUGCAAAAGUACAUUAAGAGUUGAAACAGUAUCUGAUAAGCUGGGCCAACCAUUGCAUAACUAGAAAAAGCACAACUGCCAGAAUAAAUAACAAGAAUUAUAAAUCGUGAAACUACGUUAUGUUUAUGGCUGAACUUAUUCAAUAACAAAACCUGGUUCUUCAGUAAUACACACUUUCUAAUGCCACACCAGGAAACAACUGACGUAGCAGCCGCGGACAACCGCAGGCAGGAACAUCAGUGGUUAAACGGCGAUGUUCCUACAGGAUGCGUGUUGAAUGGCGUCCAUCAAAGUUAAAUCAACGACAAUCUGCAUCAACGCCAUUAAAUUCCGUC